UCCCACCUUCAUCUUCUUUCUCGGCACCCCUUUCUCUCUCUGCAACUCCUCUCGGAAAUUCUCUUUCGCGGAAGCCGAUUUCUAGGGUUCUUCGAGCUCAGCUGAUCACCUCCCGCGGCGGCAGCGGCGGCGGCGGCGGCGGCGGCGGCUCCUCCUCCUCCUCCUCCUCCUCCUUCAGCUCGGCCAUGUCCGCCGUCGAAGUCGCGCCGGAGCUCCACCUCCCGAGCGCCUCAUCGAACCCCAAUCCCCCGCUCUAGAUGUCUUCCGGCACCGGCGAAUGGCUCGAUUCCGCUCCCGCGUGCUCCGUCUCGGCGGUCCCGCCAUUGUCCUGGCCGUGAUUCUCAGCCGGCUCUCCUCCUACGUCGCUUUCGCGGAGACCGGUGCUUCUUCUUCUUCUUCUUCUUCUUCUUCUUCCGUGGCCGACCUCGACGGGUUCCUCUUCCACCAGGACUACUCGCCCCCCGCGCCGCCCCCUCCGCCGCCGCACCCUCCCUCCGUGUCAUGCACCGACGAUCUCGGCGGCGUCGGCUCCCUGGACUCCACGUGUCAGAUAGUCGGGGAUUUGAAUCUCACGAAGGACGUGUACAUUGCCGGGGCGGGGAAUUUCGUGGUCCUGCCGUCGGUGAAGUUUCACUGCCCGGAAGCGGGCUGUGAGAUUGCUGUGAACAUCACCGGCAAUUUUUCCUUGGGGGAGAAUGCGUCUAUCGUGACGGGUUCGUUCGAGUUGGUGGCGAAUAACGCGAGCUUUGCCAAUGGGACUGCAGUCAACACGACGGCUAUGGCCGGGGCGCCGCCGGCGCAGACGAGCGGGACGCCGCAGGGGGUGGAUGGGGCAGGCGGCGGCCACGGGGGCAGAGGGGCGGGGUGCUUGACAGAGGCGGAUAAGAAGGAAGGGAAGACGGCGGCGGACGUGUGGGGUGGGGAUACGUACUCGUGGCAGGGGCUUGAUGAGCCGUGUAGCUACGGUAGCAGAGGGGGGACUACGAGUAAGGAAGCGGACUUUGGAGGUGGUGGUGGUGGGAGGAUCAAGAUUUCGGUGUCAGGGUACUUGGAGGUGAAUGGGAGUAUUUUGGCCGACGGAGGUGAUGGUGGGAGCAAUGGCGGCGGCGGUUCUGGGGGCAGCAUUUACAUCAAAGCUCAGAAAAUGACUGGCAAUGGCAAGAUAAGUGCAUGCGGCGGAAAUGGCUAUGCUGGAGGGGGUGGUGGCAGAGUUUCACUCAAUGUCUUUAGUAGGCAUGAUGAACCUGCGAUAUACGUACAUGGAGGAAGUAGUCUUAGCUGCCCACUGAAUGCUGGUGCUGCUGGGACAUUCUAUGAUGCUGUUCCACGGAGCCUUGUCAUUGACAAUCACAAUAUGACGACAGAUACAGAGACGCUUCUCAUGGAGUUCCCCAAUCAGCCUCUGUGGACAAAUAUUUAUGUCCGAAAUUAUGCCAGGGCUUCUGUUCCCUUGCUCUGGAGUCGUGUUCAGGUGCAAGGCCAGAUAAGUCUGCUUAACCAAGGAAUCCUCAGUUUUGGUUUAGAACAUUAUGCUUCAUCCGAAUUUGAAGUAUUGGCUGAAGAGUUGUUGAUGAGUGACUCUGUGAUUAGGGUGUAUGGGGCCCUACGGAUGUCUGUGAAAAUGUUUUUGAUGUGGAAUUCCAAAAUGCUCAUAUAUGGUGAUGGAGAUGCAACCGUCACAACAUCCUUGCUUGAGGCUAGUUAUAUGGUUGUUCUCAGGGAAUCUUCUGUCAUACACUCAAAUGCUAACCUGGGAAUUCAUGGGCAAGGGUUCUUGAAUCUAUCGGGGCCAGGAGACAGGAUUGAAGCACAGCGGCUAGUUUUGUCUCUCUUUUACAGUAUUCAUGUUGGUCCAGGAUCUCUUUUACGUGGACCCUCAAAGAAUGCCACAGCAGAUGCCAUAACUCCUAGACUAUACUGCGAAUCACAAAACUGUCCUGUGGAACUGCUUGAACCACCUGAAGAUUGCAAUGUGAACUCCUCCCUCUCUUUCACACUCCAGAUCUGUCGAGUUGAGGAUAUAAUUGUUGAAGGCCUCAUAGAAGGAUCCAUUAUUCAUUUCCAUAGAGCGAGAACUAUUGCCGUCCAUUCCUCUGGAACAGUUAGUGCUUCUGGUUUAGGCUGCACGGGUGGAUUAGGUAGAGGAAGCCUUCUGAGUAAUGGGAUUGGCAGUGGCGGGGGACAUGGUGGUAAGGGAGGGUCAGGAUGCUAUGAGGGUGUCUGUGUUCCGGGUGGAAUUUCAUAUGGGAAUGCAGAAAUGCCAUGUGAACUUGGCAGUGGAAGUGGAAAUGAUAGUUUUAGAGGUUCAACGUCUGGUGGGGGCAUUAUAGUAAUGGGUUCUGCAGAGCAUCCUUUAUCAACCUUGUCCAUUGAAGGCUCAUUAAAAGCUGAUGGAGAAAGUUUUGAUCGUACUAUUCAGCGGGAAAAAUAUAAUAUAAUGGAUAUUUCAGAUGGUGGACCUGGUGGUGGUUCCGGGGGUACCGUACUAAUGUUUUUGCGAGGUCUGACUCUCAGAGGAUCUGCAGUGCUUUCUAGUAUUGGAGGUAAAGGAAGUCCUAACGGAGGUGGUGGUGGAGGUGGGGGAAGGAUUCACUUUCAUUGGUCUGAUAUUCCCACCGGAGAUGUAUACCAGCCCAUUGCCAGCGUUGAAGGAAUCAUAGAUACUGGGGGUGGGCAAGGUGGAGACCAUGGCCACGUUGGUGAAAACGGUACUCUGAGUGGGAAAGCUUGUCCAAAAGGGCUUUACGGGAUAUUUUGUGUGGAAUGUCCAGCUGGAACAUAUAAAAAUGUAAUUGGAUCAGAUAGAUCCCUUUGUCACCAUUGUCCUGCUAAUGAGCUUCCUCGUCGUGCACAGUAUAUUUCAGUUCGAGGUGGUAUUUCUGAAACUCCUUGCCCAUACAAGUGCGUUUCGGAGAGAUAUCACAUGCCACAUUGUUAUACGGCUCUUGAAGAGUUAAUUUAUACAUUUGGUGGGCCGUGGUUUUUUGGUCUUCUUCUUGUGGGUCUCUUAAUACUGUUAGCACUGGUUCUCAGCGUAGCAAGAAUGAAAUUUGUUGGGGUUGAUGAAUUACCAGGCCCCUCCCCCACGCAGCGUGGCUCUCAGAUAGAUCAUUCCUUUCCUUUCUUGGAGUCUUUGAACGAGGUUUUGGAGACUAACAGAGCAGAGGAGUCUCAAAGUCAUGUGCACAGGAUGUAUUUCAUGGGUCCUAAUACUUUCAGUGAACCAUGGUAUCUUCCACAUACUCCUCCAGAGCAAAUAAAGGAAAUUGUGUAUGAAGGUGCAUUCAAUACGUUUGUGGAUGAGAUUAAUGCUUUAGCUGCUUACCAGUGGUGGGAGGGAGCAGUGUAUAGCAUUCUCUCUGUCCUUGGCUAUCCCCUUGCAUGGUCAUGGCAGCAAUGGCGUCGAAGAAUAAAGUUGCAGCGUCUACGUGAAUUUGUUAGAUCAGAAUAUGAUCAUGCCUGCUUACGUUCUUGCCGUUCAAGGGCUCUUUAUGAAGGCAUUAAGGUGGCUGCAACAUCUGAUCUUAUGCUGGCUUAUCUGGAUUUCUUCCUUGGCGGAGAUGAAAAAAGAAGUGAUCUUCCUCCUCGCCUAUAUCAAAGAUUUCCGAUGUCCAUAAUUUUUGGAGGUGAUGGCAGUUAUAUGGCUCCUUUUUCUCUUCAAAGUGACAGUAUUCUCACCAAUCUCCUGAGCCAGUCCAUUCCACCUACGACGUGGUAUCGACUUGUGGCUGGUUUGAAUGCACAAUUGCGCCUAGUUCGUCGUGGACGACUGAGGGUGACAUUUAGAUCUGUCCUGCGAUGGCUUGAAACUCAUGCUAAUCCUGCUCUGAGGAUCCAUGGAAUGCGUGUUGAUCUUGCCUGGUUCCAGGCAACAGCUUGUGGUUAUUGCCAGUAUGGGCUUUUGGUGAACACUGUUGAAGAUGAAAAUCAGUCUGUGUCUUCCUCAAGCAGACAUGUGCCUGUGCGAACAGAGCAGCCAUCAAGUAUGAGGAGAAUUCAAAAAGAAAGGCCAUCGGCUGACUUGGCAGAGGGCCUUCUUAGUCGGCUUCGAAGCAGUGAAACCCAUAUGAGGCGAAAAAGGACUGUAGGUGGAAUCUUGGACUUGAACAAUUUGCAGAUGCUGGAAGAGAAAAGAAAUCUAUUCUAUUUUCUCUCUUUUAUGAUUCAUAAUACGAAACCCGUUGGCCACCAGGAUCUUGUUGGUUUAGUCAUCUCAAUGUUACUUUUAGGGGACUUCAGUUUGGUAUUGCUGACUCUGCUUCAGUUGUACUCAAUUUCAUUGGCCGGUGUCUUCCUGGUUUUAUUCAUCUUACCGCUUGGAAUUCUCCUUCCUUUCCCUGCGGGAAUCAAUGCUUUGUUUAGUCACGGACCCAGGCGUUCUGCAGGCUUAGCUCGUGUCUAUGCGCUGUGGAACGUUACAUCCUUAGUUAAUGUUGGGGUUGCAUUUCUCUGUGGAUAUGUUCACUAUAACGCUCAAUCAGCUGGCAAAAAGCUUCCAUACUUUCAGCCAUGGAAUAUUAGCUUGGAUGACAGUGAAUGGUGGAUUUUCCCGGCUGGACUGGUCUUAUGUAAAAUCUUACAGUCACAACUAAUCAAUUGGCAUGUGGCGAACCUGGAAAUUCAAGAUCGGUCGCUGUAUAGUAGUAUUUUUGAGCUGUUUUGGCAAUCGUGAUGGCAUCCGCUAACAGUCUGUUGCUCGCUAACACGAUUUUUUUGUUCUCUUGAAUCUAGCCCUCCUUUUGUACCCUUCUUCAGAGAUCACAUAGGUGAGUUAUUGACACAGAGCAGGAAAGAGAGGAGAAUAAAUGUAUAGAUGACAGAAAGAGAGGCAUUUGUUCGUGGAAAUUACCCCCUUGUACUGCUUGCAGUUGUUUUUUUCACUCUGUAGCUUGUAUAGAGCAAGCGGGGUAAUAUAUAGCUUUGUAUUCAUUUUCAUAUACAAAUCGAUCUGCUCUACUUUUAAUUUUCAAUAGCAAUCCAUUCUUAGAUUGAGUGCA